AACGAGCUGAAAGAGACAGGCCACACCCCCGAGCUCACCGCCGAGCAUGAUGGGAAGAAGGUUCCUGUGAAGAGGCAGACUGCGGCCAAUAGGAAGCCUCCGUUGCAGAAGAGCCACAGCCAGGACACGGACAGACACACUGAGAGCAGACAAGAACAGCACAGCCAGACGUUCACCUCCUCCUACGGCCCCCCCCACUCCCUCAGCCACUCCUGCUCCCCAGUGGAGGCCAACCGAAGGAUCCACGCCAUACACAGUCCAUUACAGCUACAGGCCACGCCCCCUCCCUCUGUGAUUGGCCCAUCGUUUUCUGACAUCCAGAGGGCGUUCCAGAGAAAGGAUGCAUCAGCAGGGGUCCUGUUCGAGGCAGAGCUCCAGCAGCAUGAAGUGAUAACAGAGGAUUCUUUCUCCAGUGACGAAUACGAUUGUGCGUCACCUGACGACAUUUCCCUGCCGCCGCUGGCUGAGACACCAGAGUCCUACUUGGUCCAUUCAGACGUUGAGGAGAGCUCAUGUUUCCAUAGCAACCAGUACCCCCACCAGUCCGAGCAUGGUGGUUCUGGUGCAGUCCGGCAACAUAGAGAGUCCAGUCUGACCGAAGGUUCUCCAACUCCUCCAACCAAUUACAGCAGCACCAGGUUCAGGUCAGAGUCCAGUUCAUUUGUCCAGAGUCCGCUGACAGUUCGUCCUCCAGGCCUGCUCACCAGCACUCUGUCCAGCAUCCUUAUAAUUGGAAAGACCAGCACAGCCAACAUCUCCCAAAGAACUGACCUCUCCCGGGGCGGCACUGAACCGGACGUCCCAUCUGAAUCUAACCAAGUCCACAAAACCAACACUCCAGAUAAUAGGCCCCUGUCACCAACUGAUCCCUUAUUAAAGCAACACAAAAGUCAAAACAACCAUCAUCAGGGAAGUCCAGGUACCCUGGGUAAGAACACCAAAAAUGUUGCAUCCAAAGGUGAGACCAUGCCACAGAUGGAUCCCAUUCCCAUGGUUGCAGAGCUGAAUCCCAGAACCACCCACUCCCAGUCCAAUGACUCAGACCAUGAUCUCCACAAUGACAAUAUACCUCUGCAAGACCCUAGAUUCCUCAAAUGCAGCCCUAUUUUUCCUCUAAACAGAACUUCCAUUUGUCAAAACAACAGUUCCCCACAGUCCUCCUCUGACUCUGAGAAAAACCUGCAUUGGGAAACAUCCCUAGUCUCCCAACCUCCCAGGGGCGGUCUCACCAGACUCAGUUCACCCCAGAGUGAGACCUCGUCAAAGAUCGAUCUGGUCCAACAGGCUGGAGGGUUUGCUCAGAGCCCCAGCCUCAAAGACAGGAUUGAAGAAACUGGGCUCCUCAAAUCUUGUGCAACUUACCUCCAAACAGCCACAACCCUCCCUCAAGAUGGAAAUCUUUCACAGUCUAACCAAGGUUCCAGGAGAGGCCUUGAUCCGGAUGUACCUUCUUUUCAAACCAGCAAAGAAACAUCCUCAAUCUUCAUGAACCAAAGCAGCAGCCUAACCUCUGCUGUCAAACCAUCUUUGACACAAUCAAGCAGCAGCCUCAGUUCACCACAAGAAAGUCUGUUUUCCCAGAGUGAGAUGUCACAACUCGAUCAGUUGGCACAGGCCAAAGGGUGUCCUCAGAGCCCUGGCCUCAAAAACAAGACCGGUGUCACUGGGGGCCUCAAAUCCCGUUCAACUUGCCUCCAAACAGACACAACCCUCCCUCAAUAUGAAUAUCUUUCACAGUCUAACCAAGGUCUCAGGAGAGGCCUUGAUCAGGAUGUACUUUCUUUUCAAACCAGCAAAGUUACAUCCGCAUCCUCCAUCCCCCAAAGCAGCAGCCUAACCACAGACACUACUGUCAAACAGACCUGCCAGUCCUCCCCUCCAGAUACUCAACAGACCUUGCCACAGGCUAGCAAUUCACCCCAAGGAAGUGGGUCAUUCCAGAGUGAGUCCUUUCUGAAGAUCAAUCUUGUCACCCAGGAAAGAGGAUUUGCUCAGAGUCCCAGCCUCAGAGACAGGAUUGAAGACACUGGGCUCCUCAAAUCUUGUGCAACUUGCCUCCAAAGCACUACAUCCCUCCCUCAAGAAGGCAAUAUUUCCCAGAACUAUCCAGCUUCUAUGAGAGGCCUUGGUCAAGAUGUCCCUUUCUCCAAAACUAGCAAAGAAACAUCCUCAGUCUCCAUCAACCAAAGCAGAAACCUAACCACUACUGUCAAGCCAACCGAGUCCUGCCAGUCCUCUUCUCCAGAUGCUCAUCACACCUUGCCACAGGCUAGCAAUUCACCCCAAGAAAGUUGGUUGUUCCAGAGCGAGUCCUUGCCGAAGAUCAAUCUUGUCGCCCAGGACAGAGGAUUUGCUCAGAGUCCCAGCCUCAGAGACAGUUACAGAGACACUUGUCCUCUUCCACCAAAGGACAUGAGCAACAUCAGUAUAUCUAGCGGUACCAUUACCAGCAGUAAUAGAGUCAGCAGCAAGCAGAAUCACCAGACAGUCUACUCCCUCCAGAAGUCCUUGAUCUCCACCUGUACCCAGCAGUGUGUGCAUGAUGGCAUGGUCCCUGAUAGUCCUGCCAAGCCCACUUCUCCUCCUCCUCCUCCUCAUCCCAAACCACAGACCCAAGCUUCGGCUCAGCAGGCUAAUCCGCAUGUCACCCCCUUUUCCUCCACACAUCAUUUACUAACUCCAUACCAAGACCCGAACAUUUGUCAGCCCAUGGCUGUCUGUGAGGAAAUCAGGCUUACUCCUCAGAUCCAAGGGCCUCCCCUUCCUGCUCCUCCUCCUGCUCCUCUUCCCCAGGUCCAGGCAGAGUCUCUUCCCCAGGGAAAAGCCUCUAAAUCUGGCCCUCCCUGCUUCACCAGGCCCCUGUCUAGAGCGUCCGUCAUAGAGGGUUCUCCAGUGACGCUAGAGGUGGAGGUGACGGGACAGCCAGAGCCCACGCUCACCUGGUGCAAAGAUGGAGGGGUGUCAGCCCCCGGUCCAGGCCGAGCGCGGCCUCCCUGCGAGGACGGGUUGGUCCCAGAGGCGUCGGGCUCAGAUGGUGGUCGGUACGAAUCCCGAGUUGCCGCCCAGCGUGGCAGCAGUGCUGAUGAUUGGCUGCUGGGAGAAGUGUUUGACAUCAUUGGUGUGGACUGGCUGACCUGGUUUGGUACACUGUGUGUUCUGCUGUGGCUCAUCUACCUGAUUCUACUCUGGUAAUUCAAGACGUAAAGUGAAACAAGCUGUAAUGUUACCCUACAGGACAGAUGUUCAUCAUCAGGUAGAAACAAGCUGUAAUGUUACCCUACAGGACAGAUGUUCAUCAUCAGGUAGAAACAAGCUGUAAUGUUACCCUACAGGACAGAUGUUCAUCAUCAGGUAGAAACAAGCUGCAAUGUUACCCUACAGGACAGAUGUUCAUCAUCAGGGAGAAACAAGCUGUAAUGUUACCCUACAGGA